AUGGCUUCUUCGGCGACUAUCAGAUCUGAGAUUUACGACAGAGAAGAGCGGAAACAGCAAUACCAAGCUCAUAUUCGUGGCUUGAAUGCUUAUGAUCGACACAAGAAGUUUUUGAAAGAUUACGUUCGUUUUUAUGGCAAGGAGAAGUCGGUAGAAGUCAGGUUACCGGUUAAAACCGAUCACGACACAUUAAGAGAAGGAUACCGGUUUAUACGUUCUGAGGAAGAUGAUUUGAACCCUUCUUGGGAGCAAAGACUGGUGAAGAGAUAUUAUGAUAAACUUUUUAAGGAAUACUGUAUAGCUGAUAUGUCAAGAUACAAGACUGGGAAGAUGGGUUUAAGAUGGAGAACGGAAAAGGAAGUAAUGUCAGGGAAAGGUCAGUUUUUGUGUGGGAGCAAACAGUGUGAUGAAAAGGAAGGGUUAGCAAGCUAUGAGGUGAAUUUUGCUUAUUAUGAAGCUGGAGAACACAAACAAGCCCUUGUAAAACUCGUAGCUUGCGAGAGGAAUCGAUCAUCCAGUGAAGAAGGCGACAGAGACGAAGAGGAGAGGAGAAAAGGGAAAAAGAGCAAGUCCAAGUCCAAGUUGGAAGGUUGUGAUAGAGAAGCCAAGGAUGAAGAAAAUUUUGACGAAUUCAUGGAGGGUAUGUUUCCAAGUAAGGGUGAUAGUUAG